GCAGCCACUGUCACUGCUCUCCACUCUCCACUUUCCCCAAAGGCCCAAUCCCAUCCCAUCGCCAAUCCCAUCCAAAUCACACACGCUCCUCCUCCUUCCCCUAAUCACUCCGUAUAUAUACACAAUUCCACCCAAUUCCGCUCCCCAACCCGGAAAAUCCCCCCACUCCCCUGCUCCUAAUCUCACAAUCGCACAGCCGGAGCCGGCCCUCCCGGCAGCCAAGAACUCGGCGGAGCAGAGAGUAGCAGCCAAGAAAGCUGGGGAAGAGGGUCCUUCUUGGGAGCAGGAAGAGGAGGCCGAGGAGAAAGGGGGAUCUGGAGGCGGCGCCCCGAUGGCGGUGACGGGGACCUCGGCGGCGGCGGCGGCCACGAUGCUGGCGGCGGCGGCGGCCAUCUUCAUCACCUUCGUCCUCUGCUUCUACCUCUUCCUCUGCGCCAAGCGCUACCGCGGCGCCGCCCCGACGAUCGGGGGCGCCGGCGCCGGCGCCGGCGCGGGCAGGGGCCGCGCGCGGUUCGUCUUCGCGGGCGCGGGCUGCCACGGCGGCGGCGGCGGCAUGGAUGAGGCCGCCAUCGCCGCGCUGCCGUGGAGGGAGGCGGCCGCGGGGGACCCGCCCGCGGACUGCGCCGUCUGCAUCGCCGAGGUCGCCGCGGGGGAGGCCGCCCGCGUGCUGCCCCGGUGCGGCCACGCGUUCCACGUCGAGUGCGUCGACAUGUGGCUGCGCUCCCACUCCACCUGCCCGCUCUGCCGCUGCGCGGUCGUCGACGAGGAGGCGGCCGUGCCGGCGGCGGCGGCGGCCCCCGAGGCCGACCCGGAGUCGCCCAACUUCCCCACCAACGUCCUCUUCGUCGGCUCCCAGGACGCCGUCAGCACCCGCGGCGCGCCGGCGGAGCCUCCCCAGGCGGCGCGCCAGCCGCCGGCGGUGCCCGCGCAGGCGCCGCAUCUGAUUCCAGGGCCCAUCGCCGGAGUCGCGGCCGUCGUGGAGGCGGCAAGGGUAGCCGCCCUACGCCGGCUGCUGGGCUGCGGCGGCGCGACGCCGUCUCCACCGACGCCACCGCAGCAGCAAGACCGCGACUUGGAGGCCGGGCUCGGCGGCGGCGAGAGCAGCGGGUCCCCGCCGCCGGCGAAGCCGCAGUAAGCUUCUGGUUUGAUGCUCGCUUGUUGCGUUCCUCAUGUUCCUCGUCUUCUCGGACUAUUUGAGGCAUCAGAAGAAGGAAGCAAGUGUGCAGAGGAUCUGUUGAUCUGUAAUCAACAGCUACAUAUAGUGCUAGAAAUCUACAAGCAAAAUUCAUGGAUGCAUUCCGGUGCCAUGCCACCCCCAACAAGGUGGGGGUGAUCCAAAUUACUCCUCCACAUCUCUGUUUCUGUUCUACCAUGGCCUCUAGGUAAAAUUGUUCAAGCCUUCACCGA